CCACCCGGUGCCUCCACCUACACUGCUUUGAUUUCACGCCUCCCGAGUGAAGCAAACGGCGCGGUGCAAGACGCUGCUCGCUGCGGAGCCUUUAUAAGAAGUUAACCAACCUGUUGAGCGAAAGUCUUAUGAUCAUGUCUGCCACACGGAUGCAGCUGCUCUCGCCCAGAAACGUCCGGCUUCUAAGCCGGCGACGUAACGAAUUGUUAGCCGGUAGUAGUGGAGCGCAGCGAGCCGGCGGCGGUCCCGGGGUCCGCUCACUGACCUCUCCCCCUCUGUCCUCCUCCUCUCCCGGCAGAGCCCUGUCCAGUCUGAGUGCGACGCGGCGUGGACUUCCCAAGGAGAAAAUGACCGAGAAUGGAAUGAUGUCCCGGGCCAAGGUGCUGACCAUCGACACCAUCAACCCCACGGUGAAGAAGGUGGAGUACGCCGUGCGUGGGCCCAUCGUGCAGCGGGCCGUGGAGCUGGAGAGGGAGCUGUCUCAGGGAAUGAAGAAGCCCUUUGCUGAGGUCAUAAAGGCCAACAUCGGUGACGCACACGCUAUGGGCCAGCAACCAAUCACUUUCUUCCGACAGGUCUUGGCCCUCUGCUCCUACCCUGAAUUGUUGAGUGACAACACAUUCCCAGAGGAUGCUAAAAGUAGAGCCUGCCGCAUUCUGCAGUCCUGUGGAGGGCACAGUAUGGGUGCCUACAGUGCCAGUCAAGGCAUAGACUCUGUGCGUGAGGAUGUUGCCCGUUAUAUUGAGCGACGGGAUGGCGGUGUGCCCUGUGACCCAGAUGACAUUUACCUCACCACAGGGGCCAGCGACGGCAUUGUGACGAUGCUGAAGCUGCUGGUUUGUGGUGAAGGUGCGAGCCGUACAGGCGUCAUGAUCUCUAUACCUCAGUACCCGCUGUAUUCCGCUGCACUGGCUGAACUGGGCGCUGUGCAGAUCAACUAUUACCUUAAUGAGGAAAAGUGCUGGAGUCUGGACAUCCCUGAGCUGCAGCGCGCCUUGGAUGAGGCCAGACAGUACUGCAACCCCCGAGCUCUGUGCAUCAUCAAUCCUGGAAACCCCACUGGUCAGGUUCAGAGCAGAAAAUGCAUUGAGGAUGUAAUCCAAUUUGCAGCUAAGGAACGUCUCUUCCUCAUGGCUGAUGAGGUGUACCAGGAUAAUGUGUAUGCUGACGGUUGCCAGUUCCACUCUUUUAAGAAGGUUCUGUUUGAGAUGGGGCCUGAGUACUCAGAUACGGUGGAACUGGCAUCCUUCCACUCCACCUCAAAGUGUUAUAUGGGAGAGUGCGGUUUCCGUGGAGGCUACAUGGAGCUCAUCAACAUGGACGAUGAGGUGAAGGCCCAGCUGACCAAGCUGGUGUCAGUCCGCCUGUGCCCUCCUGUUCCUGGACAGGCUCUAAUGGACCUUGUAGUCAACCCCCCACAGCCUGGGGAGCCUUCCUACGACAACUUUAUCAAGGAACGCACAGCCACAUUAAGUGCCUUAGCAGAGAAGGCCAAACUUACAGAGCAGGUUCUCAAUACUGUUCAAGGCAUCAGCUGCAAUCCUGUGCAGGGUGCCAUGUACUCCUUUCCUCGCAUAACCAUCCCUGAAAAGGCUGUCAAAGAGGCCACGGAAAAAGGACAGCAGCCAGAUAUGUUUUACUGCAUGAAGAUGCUGGAGGAAACAGGAAUCUGCCUUGUACCUGGAAGCGGUUUUGGCCAGAAAGAUGGAACCUACCACUUCAGAAUGACCAUCUUGCCACCGUCAGACAAGCUGAAGAUCCUGCUGGACAAAGUCAAGGAGUUCCAUCAGAAAUUCACCCAGCAGUACUCUUAAAUUGCCACAUCUGUUUCCCGUCCCUUCACAAAAGGAGGAGCUUGCCAACAACAACAAAAAGUAUCAGCCAAUGAGAAUUCAUCUGUCACUGAUAAGUGCCUUCUCUACGGUGGCUCUGGGCGUCUCUGUGAUGACGCACUUCAGCCUUUUCAUCUAUCACAUUUGGACAUUCGGGGACCUUACUCACAAGGCACUGUUUUGUGUCAGAAAACAAAACCAAACUGGAACUUAAGAAAUUAAUUCAGAGACCUGUGUCAGUUUUGGUGCAAAAAAUAUGGCUUUGUCUGUUGCCCGUCUUGUUUAAUUUUUGAGGGAUGUAUAUAUUGUAGGUCUGUGAAUUUCUGAGUUUAUAAGAUAGCUGAAUUAUGUGAAUACUAAGCUUAAAUCAAGAAGGUACAACUGAAGAAAAAGGAUGCUGCUUAUAAAAUCUGAGUACAUGUAUAACUGGUUAAAAUAUUCCAUUCCUGCAGGCUGUACUUGACAGGGAGAAUAUGCUGAAAUAGACCCAUUUGCAUGAUGAUUCACUAGAAGAUCAUUUUGUAGAGUCAAAAUAAAUGUAACAGUCUAUGUUUCAUCUCAUUAUUUUGGAGAGAGUUUUCAGAUCCUUUUAAACUUUUUAAUAAGAGAAAUCAUUUUCUUUGACCUUUAACAUUUGUUUCAAUACUCUAACAGCACUCUGGGCUUUCUUUAUACUACAUGCAUUCACUGCUGACUAAAGGUGUUUUAUGUCGCAAAAUGCACUUUUUUUUCAAAACACAUUUCACUUUACUUAAUAUCUCUUGUAUGGAAAUCAGUUUGUCCAAUACUUGCAAACAAAUUGUCGAAAACACAUCCUUUUUAACCUCAGUUUUCAUUCUUAUGUCAAACACAAGCCUACACCAAAAUCUUCAUCCUCGCCUCUGUAUUCAUUAUACCGUCUAAAGGCCAAAGGAGAAUGUUUCACUCACAAGAUGAGUGGUUUAAGAUAACAGGAGGGCUAUAUUAAAAUAAUGCUGUAUAAUAUUGGAAGAAAAGAUAACACAGUUUUCUUCUUUCAUUUGAAAACUUGAUUUCAAGCAACGAAACACAACCUUGUUUAACCAAAUACACACUGAUAUUUUGCUGCUUUAAGCCCUGUUUAGUUGUGCAUAGCUUGUGUGUAAUUUGAGGUUUAACUUUUGAUUGAUAUUGCUGUGUAACUGACAGUAGUGAAGCACUUCACUGAAUAGGAUUCUACAAUUUAACAUGUCAUCGAAGCAAAUAUGUAUUGUUCCAUUAAACAAGUAAAUCAUUGAUCCAUCCA